GCCGCGGGGAGCGUUGGCGCAACGGCGGAGGGCGAGGAACGGCGGGCGAGGGAUGGAGCGCAGGACCGCCCGGCACUGCCGGCUCCGCACACGGGCGCCUCACAAGCCUCCCGCCGGGCACAGGGAAGUCGUGGGUCCCCUCGAGGGGCUGCGCGUCAGAGUGAAGGAGCUCCAGCCGCAGGAUCGCCCCGGGCACGGCGGAGCAGUGGCGGAGGAGGGCAGGUGCUUCCCGGCUGCCGGGACGGUUAAAAGGGAGGCCCGCGGCGCCAUCAGGAGAGAAGAGGACCACGAAAGGGGCAGCGGUGACAGCCAGAACGAGGAGAGGAUGCUGGGACACAGUGGGAAUGGGAGUAAGCCCUGGAGAAGAGCUGCUGUCAAAGCGGAGCCGCCUAAUGUGGCCUUUGAGGCACGCCCAGUGAGGGUGGAGAAGAACGAUUCCCCGGCUGGAUCCAUGUGCAGACCUAGUCCAGCCAGCCCUGAUGACCGCCAGGUCCUGCAGUGUGAGAAGCGUGGGUGCCUUCCUGAAGAUCAGAACAUCCCGGUUGUCUUUCACCCCUUACCUUCCAGGUCCCACGUACAGAUCCAAGGUCCUCGGCCCUCCCAGCUGUUCCAUGUGCCGGUAAAACAAGUGCCACUUCAAUUGCAGCCUUUAGUGCAGCCUCCAAAGAUCGAAACGAAAAACAUUCCCCUCACUGUCCUGCCCUCCGAUUCAGGUAUGCCAGACACUCCAUUUAGCAAGACCAAAAGCGGCCGUGUAAAGCGUCCAAUGAAUGCAUUCAUGGUGUGGGCCAGGAUCCAUCGGGCUGCUGUAGCAAAAGCUAAUCCAGGUGCCAAUAAUGCAGAAAUCAGUGUUCAGCUUGGAUUGGAGUGGAGCAAACUGACUGAAGAGCAGAAGCAGCCGUAUUAUGAGGAAGCUAACAAAAUAAAACUCAGGCACAGAGAGGAAUUUCCCGGUUGGGUUUAUCAGCCAAACAAGAAGAAGUGUUUCCCACCAUCUCGCUCUGCUGUAUUUUCUGGCACUUCUCAGAGUACCAUCGCUACGAGUCCAGCUGGCCCUCGUCCCUUCCCAUCACCUGUGUACUCUUUUGCCAACCCCAAUGUUAAGAACAGUAUUGGACAUCCAGUCUGUGAGUCUCCUGUUAUUCGUCUGCCAGCUUCUUCCAGUCAACAUACUCGUCCAGUGACUCUUUUCCAGACCACUGGUGCAAGCACCACAACAGUGGCUGUCCCAGUUCCAACCCUGUCCCUGCGCCCAGCACAGCACUUUGCUAAACCUGCUCAGACGGAAGCUUUUGUGUCAUCUGGGCUCAAUUUCUCUCUGAAAAGACCAGCACCCGUUUUCGCAGAGAGUUUCAGCAGAAACACAAGUAACAUCACCAACACUAAUGGCAGAUUUUCUGUCUCUAAUAGUGAUGCCUCGGGGAUUCCUAUCUUUCCUAGAGGAAUACCUCUUCCCCAAGUUACCCCUUUUAUUCCCUCACCUUCCUAUGUGUCUGCUCCCAUCGUUCAACCAGCCAGUAUUUUUGGAGGACCUCCUCAGUUUCCAUUUUGCCACCCUUCCUUUGUACCUGGACCUCGCUGUUUCCCCCCAAGCACAUUCUCACUCAGACCUCCAUUUAGCUACGGGAAUUUCUCCAGCUCAGUGCCUCAGUGCUUCGGCUUUUAUGAACACAGGAACCAAAGACAGGAGGUGAUAUUUUCAGCCCUGGGUGAAGACUAUCGGUUCAGGAGGUACUCAGAAGAAAGUAUACACGGGGACCAGCGCAUCUGUGAGAGCCCUGAGGUGGUGCCCUGUCAGAGCAGCUGCAACAAGGAGAGGUCUCUGAGCCCCCUGCCACAGCUGGAUGUUGAAGUGGUCGAGGAAGUUUUGCCAUCCUCCCCAUCCACUCCCUCCAGCACUUACAUCAUCAAUGUAACUGAUAGCGAUGAGGAAGAAGAUGUAAAGUUGUUUCAAGUAUUGUAAUUUUUAAAACAAAGUAUAGUCCAGAGAAAUAUUACAGAAUGGGAAAUAAAUGUUUUCCACAGCACUA